AUGAAAAAGAAACCCGAGACGUGGUCAAGAGCUUUCUUUAAACUUGGAAGCAACUGUGAGGAUGUUGAUAACAACGCCACAAAAUCAUUCAACGCAUCAAUUACAAAAGCAAGGGCUAAGGCAAUGAUUCCAAUGUUGGAGACAAUUAGGAGGCAAGCUAUGCAUCAAAUGGUGAAGAGGCAAAAUAAAUCCAAGAAUCACGAAGGAAGAUUUACAAAGUAUGUUGCCAAGAUUCUCGCAGAGCAGAAGAAAGAUGCAAACAAGUGUGAUACAACUCCCGCAACUCAUGGAGUAUACGAGGUUAUGCUUUAUGGGAAUAAGAAUUCGGUGAACACGAAAAGAAGAACAUGUACAUGUGGUAAAUGGCAAAUCAGUGGGAUUCCAUGUGAGCAUGCUUAUGGAGCAAUGAUUGAUUAUGAUAUGAAUGUUGAAGAUUAUGUAUCAGGAUUUUUCAGCACUGAUUUGUGGCGAGACAAUUACGAGCAGUCCAUACAUCCAAUGAGAAGGCCAAGAUUCUGGAUGACAUCUAUGUAUCGCUUGGUAACAGCACCACCUGAGCCUAUACUACCCGGGAAGAAAAAAAUAAAUAGACAGAAGACAUAUCAAAGGAUUAAAGGAAAACAAGAGUCACCGAAGAAGAAAACAAUAAAAGAAACACUUGGAAGGAAGGGACGCAUUAUACGUUGUUCGUCUUGUGGUGAAACUGGUCAUAAUGCAGCUGGGUGUAAAAAAUAUCCAAAGGAAAAGACAAAGAUACAAAGAACUACUGAGGUCGGGUCAUCAUCAUAUCAAGUACCUGAUACAAUCUCUCUCACGCAACCAUCGCAAACAAGCACCGACAUGGUGGUUUAUGAGUAA